AAGAGAGAGAUUAAUUAUUAUGGCAUACAAAAAGAAUAAUAGUUAUAACUAUAAGAUGAUGUUACAAAAGAAGCAAGAACCCACCAAUUUACUAAAUUUCAUAUUCAUGUCAACCGUUAACAAAGCCUCUAAGAUGCUUUUAUCUGUGGUUUCCAACAAUUAUGCCUUAGAUUUUUCUUCACCUUCUUUUACUAAUAAUAGUAAUAAUAAUAAUAAGUGGAAGGUUAAGGAUCAUUUGAGGUUUAUGUCUUUGCUUUUCACUUGGUUCACUAUGUGGGCCCUUCGUCUUGUCUCUGAUGUUAUACCUACUUCUUCCUCACUAUCAUCAUCUCUUAAUCAUCUUAAAAUUACAAGUAGUAGUAAUGUUAUGGUUGUUGAUCAUGGAGAUGGCAAUAAUGGUGAUGGAUCGUUGUUGAAUUCGACAUCGGUGUCGUAUUCUCCUGUUCAGAAUCUAGACUUGAUUUCUCAUGAUGGCUUCUUAAUGGAGGGUGGCGAUCAUCAUCUUCAAGCUGGAUUGUCUGUUGAAGCCCUUGGUAGAGCACUCUCCCAUGGGAAGCGAUGGCCAACGAGGGGUCGGGGAAGGUUUUCGAGGGAUGAGCGAGGUGAUCCAUGGACCUUAUGUACGAUACGUAAACUUCCCUUAGGAACGUACAUCUCAGCCUACAUGAAGGGUGGCAUAAGUGUUGUUUUUCCACAUUUGCAGUCCAUGUGGCAGCUCCAAAAGACGAGGCGGUGCAUGAUGAACGACGAUGGUGAAUUUGUUGGGAGUGAUCAAAGUGUAGAGGUCGUGGGAGCAGAGAAGCUAGCACAAGAGUUGUUGUGGAUUAUUCACAAACUUAGGGCAUGUUUCGCGGUUGAUGAGGCCUUAGUACAAUGGAGCCUUGCUUCCAACUUGGCUUCCCUUUCUCUCAAUGCCAAUCCUAGGGUCCAAGCUCUUCUCAUUAAAAUUUCGGCUUCAUUAUUGGGAGACAUAGCUCGAGCAGAAUUCAAGGUUCAUACACAAGUCCAAUACAGAUUGUUAGUGCUCUGGCUUCCGUUAUUUUGCUACGCUUGCAGCGGCCUAAGGUACCCGGUGUUGUCAAGUUCUGAGAAAAUCGAUGUCGAGAGAACAAUGGAGCGAAUGAUAGCAAGCCUCUCAGCCACGGAACAAGAGGUCGUGCUAAGAAAUUGGUUGCAAGACUUUGCUAUAUGCUCCUCGGAUUGGCCUAAUCUUCGACCAUCAUAUGAUCGCUGGUGCCAAUCUUCGCGUCAACUUGUUGCCUGAAAAAAUAAGUCCUGAUCAAUCUAUAAUUUGGCAAAAUUUAUUGGUUUGUUUGUCUGAAUUACUAGGUAGAUGUUAGAUUGCAUUUCGUACUAUAUGUAUUAUAUUGCUGGUUUCAUGUAUUAAUGUAUUACUAUGCGGUAUAGUUAGGGACAAAAUCGACUCCUUUCUUAGAUCAGGGUGUAAAACUUGAAAAUCCUCGUAUUCUCAUGCUUGCAUUUUCAUGAUGAAUAAAUGAAUAAUCAAGUAUGUUUGGUGUGUUUUUUUUA